AUGAUAGCGCGGGGUUGGCCCCUACUGGUGCUUCCGAUGGCGACUGCAGCAGCAGCACUGGCCAAAUAUAUGUCCGAGGCACCAGAUUACUACGCGUUGAUGUAUGCCUGGUACAUGCCGAAAGAUGAGCCCUCAGAUGGACUUGGUCACCGCCAUGACUGGGAAGGUGUUAUUGUCUGGCUUUCGGACUCGACGAGCACGACGGCGGAUAACGUCGUUGCUGUAUGCCCAUCUGCCCAUGGUGGCUGGGAUUGUAGCACAUAUGGAUACACCCUGGAUGGCACUGCUGCAUUGAUCAAGUACUAUAGCAUUUGGCCAGUUGAUCACCAAUGUGGCUUGACCACCACUGUUGGGGGCACGCAGCCCUUGAUCGCCUGA